AUGGACGGAGCUCGCGGCGGCGGCAGCGGCUUCUUCCCGCCGCCUCCAGGCGCAGGGCCCGCUCCAGGGCUUGCAGCGGGCGCCACGCGAGCGCGACCCGUGAGCGCCGGCACGCGGCUCCGCGCCAAGCCCUCGGCGGCGCAGUCGCAGGACUUCUUCGCGUCGCUGGGCAUCGACGCCACGUCGCGCGGCCGCACGGGCAGCAGCGCCAGCACCAGCAGCAACCGCAGCUACAGCAGCAUGACCAUGCGCCCGGCCUCGGCGUCCGCCACGCCCCUGUCCACGGGGUGGCGGCCGCCCCCGAUCGGCGGCCUGGGCAGCCAGAGGGCGGCGCCGCCCCCAGCCGCGCCCAGCGUCGGCUCCCUCCGCAUCGCCAGCGUCCAGAGGACCGCCACCUCCACUACUACUACAACCACUACAGCGACGGCGGCGGCGGCUGGCAGCGCGCGGAGUGUGACGUCUAGCGCCGCUGCGACUGCGAUGGCUGCGGGGUCCAAGCCGGCGCAGCUCUUCUCGAUGGAAGACGCCGAGGAUCUCUACAGUGAGGACGGGUGGGAGUGCGACUCGCCCUCGACGGUGCUGUCCAACCCGGUGGAGAAGAACAAGGAGGGGGAGAGUGCUUCAACGGCCAUGGCAAUGACGACGACGACGACUCCUGCUGCUGUCGCUGCUCCGGCGCUUGCAGCAGCGGCCGCGGCGGCUGCAGAGGCGCCGGAGGACGAGUUCGCGUGGGGGGAUGACGACGACGCCUUCGCGUCGCCUGUGGCCAAGCCAAGUGCGCCGCCGACGCAGCCGCCGCCAUUUGCAACGGAGACUUCUGCUGCCAGUACGUUUGAGACGAAGGCAGAGACGACGAUGCCACCGCCUCCGCCUCAAGCUGCCGCGUUCCCAUCGAGUUCGUUCGCUCCGGAGUCGACAGCCAGCGCGUUUGAGACCACGAGCUUUACUGCGCCGCCUCAGGAAACGAAGUUUGAGAGUGCCGUGCCCCCUCCUCCUGCUGUGCCAGCGACUUCUUCUUCUUCUUCUUUUUCGGUCGAGACGGCUCACAAUCCCUUUGAAACGACGAGCUUUGGUGCUGCUCAAGCGCCACCGCCAGCAGCUUCUGCUGUGUCUACGGAGGUGCAGCAGGAAGAGCAGUGGGAAGAAGACUGGGACCAGCACGAUGGAGCUGAGGUUGCUGCUGCUGCAGAGUCGAAGGCGACGAUUGAGUCUACUGUCACCAGCACGACUUCUAUCACGACGACAACGACGACGACUAUUCAGACGGAGGCGGUGGCUGCUCCGGUGGAGCUUACUAGCCCCGGCGCUGAUGCAGGAGAGUUUUGGGGCGACGGCGACGAGGACGAACUGUUCGACCACGAUGAUCAUGCUGACGAGGAGUGGGAUGAGUCGAUCAAGGGUCAGGCGAAUGCGCAGCAGGACAUGCCGCUGACUUCAAGCGAGAACCCCAGUCCUAAACCUGCGCAAGCUUUCCCCGGUCAAGAAACGUCGUUUUCGAUGCCUGCUCCACCGCCGCCGCAGCCCUCUACGCCUGUCGUGGAGGCUCCAGCAUAUGAGCAGCAGUCGGUGCCCCUGCCGGAGGUAGCCGCGAGUGCGUUCAAUUAUUCUGUGGCUGGUCAUGUUGAAGAGGCUGCAGCUCCCAGUCACGAGGAGUCAAUCGGUCAAUCGCCUCCGGUUGCUGAAGCUAGUUCUCUGCCGCCUCCCCCGAUGGAUACUCCGAUGUACUCGACGGAGGCCCCCCAGGAAGCGAAACCAGCUACCUCGCUGGAUGCUGAAAGCUCGCCGUUUUCGAGUACGAUGGCUAAGCACGCAAGCCAAGACGACGACCUUAAUGUCUACCCUGAAGCACCGCGCAGCGCUCGUUUCCUUCACACACCGACUGGCACUGGUGGGCCGUUUGGACGUGUUCCGUCACCUCAAGGCGAUGAAAGCUCCAGCUUUCAGAACGAGUUCUCUGCGAAUGAGUCUACUAUUACACAUGAUGUCCAGCAAACUACGUUUGCAGGUAGCGAAAAGGCUGAAGGCUCGGGUUCGUAUGCGGAGUCUAGUGUACGGUGGGACGCUGGCUCAAUGCAUGCUGGUGGGGUGUCCUCUGAGGAUAAUGCUGGCCACCACAGCACCCGCCAGGGCCAGAGUGAUGAAGAAGAGCGGGACUCCGUUGUGUCCUUCUCGGGUGAGAACUCUUUCUUCCCGUCGGCGGGCCGACCUUCAUCGCUAUAUGGCGGGUCCCAGUCCUCCUUUGCAAGCCAUCGGAUGUACCAGUCGUCAGUUGCGAGCACGGAUCACGACGGCAGCUCUAUUGCCUCAUUUGGGGUGUCUUCCGCUGGUGCCACGUUUGGCGGCUCGGAGCGUGUGAGCGAAGGAGGCGCUUUUUCGGAUGGCACGGUGUCGGAAACGCCCAGUAUGGUGGACUCGUCCAAUGCUAGCACGGCAUUCGGCACGGACUUCCCGUCAGUGAGUGAGGGGCAAUUUUCGGCGCCAGGAACGACGAUCGGUGGGUCAGAUAAUGCCAGUGACGGAGGGUUCUCGGAUGGCAAUGCAUCCGAGACUACGAGCAUGUGUGAGUCUGUGAGCACGAACCCACGAUUUGUGUCAGAGUUUAGUUCUUCGAGCGGCCACUACGUGACGGAGACGGUUGAGCGUCGAGGCGUGCAGGAACCAUUCACAUCAUCUGUGCCAGAGCCGGACUCAACGUUCCAGGAAUCCGAGCCAGCUCCUGCCGCGUCGAUGUUUGGAGGCAGCGAGUCCUCUGCGAAUGCCAAUCCGUUUGCAAGCACGCCGAGUGCCUUCCCUCCUCCGCAGCAGACGACUACUACUCCGCCCACGGCUGCGCCGGUGUCAGAUAAUGCGGUUCAAGAUGAGGGUGUGCAGAGUGCUGCCUCGCUGUUUGGCGCCACUGCAGGUGCUGAUGUUCCCAACCCCUUCAGCUCGUUUGGGGCAUCACCUGCUGCUGCAACUGUAGCGGAACCUAAGCCUGUUGUUGAGCACGAAUUGCCGGCCUCAGAUGCCGGGGAUCUCUUUGGCUCCGGUUCGGCCUCGAGUGGGUUCCAAAGUUCUUUUGCGCAGCCGGCUCAAAACUCGUAUGGAUCGAGCUACCAAGCUCAGGAUCAGAGUGGGUUUGGAAACUCGGCGCCUUCAGCUGACAGCGUCUUCAGCGGUGGAGGUGGAUACAACAGCGGCGUCAAUGCUAAUCAGAGUGCGUCUUCGCACUUUGGUGGAAGUGGAGCAACCUCUGCCGACUCGGUCUUCAGUGGCCAUUCACGAGCGGAUAGCAGCAGUUCGGCGACAGCGGACCACUUCGGACAGCAAACAAGUGCACAAGGGUAUAAUGCCUCGUAUGAAGGAAACCAGAACUACAGCCAGUAUGGCCAAGGCGCUACGACGUCCGCGAGUGCGUCUGCGACGCCCAGCCACUUUAGGAAUCAGUCGUCGGCAAGCGUAGAUGACCACGCUCAUGCUACAACAAACGCUUUUGGUGGGCAAUCGUACGGGCAAACCAGCGAUGCCAGUGCCCAUUUCAGUCGCCAGUCGUCUGCAAGCAGUUUUACGAGUGGAUAUAAUGGGCAGAACCGCUACGGCAGUCAGCAAGCUGGGGCAUCGACUCCUGCAACGCCGGAUAACUACAGCCACAAGUCCGCAGCAGAAGCCUUUGCCAGCCCCGCUCAGCCGUCGUACGGUGCUCAGCAAGACAACCGGUACAGCAGCCAACAGUAUGGGCAAGCCUCAACCCCUGAAACGCCGGAUAACUACAACCGUCAUUCAGCAGCAGAAGCAUUCAGCAGCGCGAGCCCUGCGCAGCCACCGCAUGGGACUCAGCAGAGCAGCCACUAUGGCGGUCACCAGUUCGGUCAAAGCUCCACUCCCGCUACGCCAGGCAGCUACAGCCACUCCGCGUCUGAAGCAUUUGGAAGUGGAGCUGCAGCCCAGCAGGACUACAGCCACGGACAGUAUGGCCAGAGUGCAUCACAUGGCCAAGGCGCAGGUUUUGGGGACCACACGCGAUCAUCUUCGAGUGCGUCAGCCGACGCAUUCAUUGGGCGUUCGUCGGCAGUCUCGGAAACAAGUGCGUCAGCAUUCGGUGGACUGCGUUCGGCUACUCCUUCGUCGGGAUCGGCUUACCAGCAGCAAACAACGCAGGCUCAUGCCCAGCCGUCAUUUUCGCGAAGUGGUAGCACCGCGUCGUCACAUGCAGAGCAAUAUAGCUCGCAUGUGUUGGCAAACACGGCGACGAUGCGGACGUCGGGCCACGCGCGCGACUUGAACACGUCGUACGGCUCUAUUGAAGAGAAGAGCUUCUCGCGCCACGCGUCUAGCUCUUCGAUGAACCGGUAUGGAAGCGAGUCGUCGUAUGAGCCCCAGAGAAAUCUGCAGCAACAUCAGGAGAGCACGCCGUCGCAUCCUCCAGCUGACGCAAAUUCUUUCUUUGGUGGGGCGUCGGCUGCGGCUACUGAAGUAUCAGCCUCCUCGUUCUUCGGAACCACCGCUUCCCAGGACUCGUCGGCGUUUCAGGCAGCGCAGCCCCAGGAACCUGUUGCUGAUUCCAGCAUUCCCCACGUGCAGGAGGCUUCGCAGUACGCGUCUCCAUCUCAGCAGGACUAUGAGCAGGAGCAACAGUACUUUCAAGCCGAGCCGAUGCAGCACGAGUCCAGUGGCGACUACUUCGGAGCGGGUGCAGCAACUACGCCUGCGGCUGCAGUCGAAGCUAGUCCCAGUGCUGACAUGGAAUCGACGCAUAUUGUGGAUGAGAUCCCAGCUCCACCGACUGAGAGUUUCCAGCAGGAGCAGCAGCAGGAGCAGGAGCCUAGUAGCUACGAUGGCUUCGUCGGUACCAAUGUUGAAGCUACUGCUGCUGACACGCAGGCGAGCGCGAUUCCACCUUCUGCCCCCGAGGGCGACGCGAACCGGCCUCAGGCAUUUGAUGGAUUUGCCGGAUCGAGCUCACAAGAGUUUGACUCGCAGACUUCGUCCAACUUUUUUUCGUCUUCACCAGCACCGCAAGAAACUGCUACGACAGCUACGCAUCAAUUCCAGCACAGUGACUACGGACAGGAGACGCAGGGGCAACAGCAACAACAGCAGCACGUGCACGACGCUGCAGCUGCCUCUUUGCAAUUUGCAGAGACCCACGCUUCGUACCAGCAGUCUAGCGGUGCCUCGUACAGUUCAGCAACUCCAGGGAACUACUUUACCUCGGGUGCUCCAGGAGCCGGUACCGCAGCAAGCCCCGCUGGUUACUCGCAGCAGCAGCAGCAGCAACCGCACUACCAGGCACAGCAACCCCAACACCAGCAGUAUCAACAAUACCAGGAGCCGCCGCAGCAGCAACAGCAGCAGCAUGCAGCCACUGGGUACGGUUACCACGGUGGCGUGACUCAAACCCAGCCGCAACGGACAGGGUAUAACGCUGUUAAUCGGGCCGGAUACGGGGCUGCUACUGGGCACGGAUACGCCUCGCCGAGCUUGCAGCCAUCCGCGGCCCCUGUCGUUAAAACCAGCAACAAGUACAAGGACCCGUGCGUUGCCCCGCCCUCGUGUCUGGCGUCGUUCGGGUUUGGUGGCAACGUGGUGACCAUGUUCCCGAAGAGGAAGCUGCGGCUGAAUAUUGCAGGAAGCAGCUACCGCAACAGCCCCCGGGGCCUCCCAGCGCCGUCCGAGUUUGACAAUGGUGGCAACGGUGAGCUGCGCAAGGGGCCGGUAAAUGUAUACCGGAUGGACCAACUUCACCCGAAGGACAAGGAGUUCGAGCAGAUGGACGUCUUCCCUGGUCCGCUAACCGAAGAUGUCUCGGAUGAGGCAAUCCUGGAAUACCUGGAUGAUCGACUGAAGCGCAGUGAGGCGCCUACGACUGCUGAUGAGGCUGAGGACGAGAACGAUCGUCUGCUACUGGGCGUCCUGCGUGUCUUGGUCAAAUGCAACGGAAAGUUGCGCUCGGACCCAGGAACACUGAACCCGAGCGACCCGAACUCGCCCGAGGCUCAGCUGAUCGCUUUGCUCAGUGAAAACAGCAAGCGGCGUUGUGGCAACCAGCCUCCGACUUUCCCAGCGACUCGGAAGCCCCAAUCUGUGAUGCACCCCGAUCUUGCGCUGAAGCAUUCGAACGAGCUCCGUGAGCUGCUUUUGGUUGGUGACCGCAAGGGUGCGGUUUCUUCAGCUAUGGCUGCGCACAUGUGGCCCGAGGCAAUGCUGAUCGCGUCAUUUACCGACAAGGAGGAGUACAGGCGAGUGCUACGCACGUACUUGGACGAAACGUACGCAACGGGCGAUCCGUGCCGCGCUCUGUUCAUGUCCUUCGCUGACCAGCAGGAGAAGAGUGUGCAGGAACCCAAGCGGCUACUGCAAACGAACGCCCAGCAGUCUACAGAAUCGCUCAUCCUGUCAAAAUGGGUGUCGCACGCCCAGGUUCUUCUCGCGAACCGGACUGCGGAUACCAACAAGAUUCUGACGGAGCUCGGUGAUCGGUUAUGGAACGAAGCUGGCGCGGUUGCUGCGGCACACGUUUGCUACCUGCUUGCUGGUACUCAAGUGGAAGCUCCGAUGCCCAGCUCGAAGAUGGCGUUGCUGGGUGGGGACCAUCGCACCCCCAAGGAAGCGCGGUUCUACGUGUCACCUGGUGCCGUGCAACGCACGGAGGUCUACGAGUGGGCCCAGAAGCACUCCAAGGGCGCGUCGGCCAAUCUCAUGAUCCCGUUCCAGGGCUACAAGCUUAUUUAUGCCAUGCUUCUGGCGGACCACGGCAAGCUCGAGACAGCCUUCAAGUACGUGACGUCCAUGCUCGCUGUGAUCAAGGCGGUGACGGCCACAAUGAAGCCCGGCACGUCCAUGUAUCUGGAAGGAAUGAAGAACCAGCUCACCGUACUGGAUGAUCGACUGCGCCAGCACCUCGGCCAGGACCGCGUGGCCUCAGUGGCCGCGUCAACCGGCCGUGGAGGAGGCCGGAAGCAAGGCGGCAAGUGGGGACUUGGCAGCGCGUUGAGCAUCAUGGGCAAGAUCGUGAACCGCGUGGUGGAAGGCACCGACUCAGCCCCCGCUGCACCUGCGGGUCCUAGCGCGACGACGCCCGGCGGAUUGUACGCGAACGAGGCCACUCCGCCCGUGGCCAGCAGCUACCCGAGUGCCGCAUCAGCUACUACCUCGACUCCGUCGCCUGCACCAGCAUACCCGCAACAGCACGUUCAGCAGACCCCGCCGACCAGCUCGCACGGACCUUCACCGGUGCCGGUCAACUCUUACGGCCACGCUACUCCACCUGCGUCGCAGGGAAGCGCUCCCGGAUCCUCGAACGGGUACAACCGAGCUCCUCCUGCAGCGCCGCCAGCGGGACCGUACUCGAGGCCAGGAGGCAACGCCGUCCCUCCGUCAGGGCCGUUCUCCGGCAACGGGCGACUUGGUCCUCAGCAGCAGCAGCAGCAGACGUCGGGCCCGUUCUCUGGAAAUGGGAGGCCUGCUCCGUCGGGGCCGUACUCCAACAGCGGCCCGCCUUCACACGGCCAUGGUACGGUGCCGUUGAUGCGCUCGCAGCACUCGAUGGAGCCUCCUGGGAGCAACCACAGCACCCACAGCAACAGCAGCUUCAACAACAUGCCGCCGGCCCCGCAGCACCCGCCCCAGCCCCCGCAACAGCAACAGCAACAACAGCAAUACCAGCAGCCUCCGUUGUCCCAGUCGUCGCAGCAUUCGCAGGACACACCGACUGCGCGCCCCGCGUUCCAGAAGCCAGCCCCGAUCGAUGUAUCGCACGACGACAGCAUGAGCCAGCCCAAGGCUCUUGCCGCUGGUCUGGCUGCCGAGGUGGCCGCUUCGCUUCCGCCCACGGACGCCGCUGCGAUGAGUGGCCCGUCGAGUGACAAGGGCAAGGCGAGUCCCAAGUUCAAGAGCGUCAAGAAGCCCGCGCGCUCCAAGACGCCGCCGCCCAGCGGCAGCUCCAAGAGCUCCUCCGGAUGGCUGUCGGGCAUCUCGUCCUUCAUCGCCACCAAGAUGAACCCGGAGGCCAAGGUGGCCAAGCUCGGCGAGCAGAUGGAGGCGUACUACGACGAGAAGACCAAGCGCUGGGUGUUCCCCGGCGAGACGGCGAGCGAGGAGCCGACGAUGCCCAGCGCCCCGCCCACUGGCCCGCUACCGGGCAGCGCGCCGGGCUCCAGUGCUACGGGCGCGCCUCCUCCGGGCGCGAACUCGGCUCCAGGCUCCAUGAGCAGCGGCCCCGCGCCGAGCAACGACCCGCUCGCAGCUUUGAUGGCGCCGCCUCCGUCUCACAUGUUGAUGAAGAAGGACCCGCUGGCGGCCAUGAUGGCGCCGCCUGCACGCUCAGGAAUGUACGGAGGCGCACGUCGUGGCGGCUCAACGGCACAGCGCAAGCCGCCGCGCCCGCAGUUCGCUGUGUUCAAGCCCACCGCCGCUCCGGCACCAGCUCCGGACGAGCAGAGCGAGUAA